CUCUGAUGCAGUUAUGUUUUAGUGUGUCUAUGAAGAUCAAAUUAAUUUUAGGUUUGAUAUCAAGCAAUAUCAAAGAUGAACACGGGCGACUAUGUGACAUUUAGAUUGAAUGGAAAAAUUCAAAAAGUAGGUGGCCUGGCAGGUGACACCACCUUGUUGACAUAUAUCAGAGAUGUGGCACAUCUACGAGGCACCAAGUUUAUGUGUCGGGAAGGUGGUUGUGGCGCUUGCAUCGUCAAUCUUAGUCUGACAGAUCCUGCCACUGGAAUGGAAAAGUCAUUUGGUGUAAACUCGUGUUUGUAUGCAGUCUAUGCAUGCCAAGGCAUGUCCGUAACCACUGUGGAAGGUAUUGGAAACAGGAAGCAGGGCUACCACCCCGUACAAACGAGGCUGGCUCAGUUCUAUGGCACCCAGUGUGGAUACUGCACUCCUGGAUGGGUCAUGUCUAUGUACAGUCUGUUGCAGUCAAACCCUGCAAUGUCUAUGAAGGAGAUUGAAGAAUCUUUUGGAGGCAAUAACUGCCGAUGUACCGGCUACCGACCGAUACUGGAUGCCUUCAAAAGUUUUGCUGCCGAUAGUCCUGCAGAAGUGAGAGAAAGAAUGGAUGAUAUUGAGGACUUGCUCAAUGUUUGCAAAAAGAAUGGAAAACCAUGUCAAAAGAAAUGCAACCUACAUCUUCCUUCAAUCGACUUUGAAUGUGUUGAAGAAAAAGACGAUUUAGAACGCUGCUUUGUAGAGUUAGCUCUUGCCCCAUCCACAAUCAGCCUGCAUACCUUGGGUGGUGGAGAAUGGUACAGGGCAACAACAGUUCGUCAAAUACUUGAGAUAUUUUCUACGAUCAAAGGGACGUACAUGUUAGUCGGUGGAAAUACAGCUCAAGGUGUCUACCGAGUUAAGUAUCCUCCGUCUCCUGAAAUCUACAUCGAUAUUAAUGGUGUAUCAGAACUGAAAAGACAUCAAUUUGAGGGUAACACUUUGGUCUUGGGAGCAAACAUGACUCUCACGGACACCAUAAAACUGUUCAAAGCAGUGGCUAUUGAGAGACCAAGUGAGUUUAAAUAUCUCUCGGUAUUGGCCAGACAUUUGGAUAAAGUAGCCCACAUUCCUGUGCGAAAUGUUGGAACAUUGGCGGGUAACUUGUCCAUCAAACAUGACUGUCGUAGGUUUCCCUCUGAUUUGUUCACAAUAUUCGAGACAGUUGGCGCUAAAGUGGUCAUUGGUAAGAUGUUUUCCUAA